GACCACAUGCGCUGCUGCAUAGCUACAGUCUCUCUCUCUCUCUACAGAGCUAGAGUAGAGAGAGCAGGGCCAAAGCAAUAGAUGAUCAGGUCACUGAGUCACUUGUAAGGUGUUAUGGCGGCGCAUCAGAACGGACUCUUGCUGGGUCCAGUCGCUGUCAACGGAUUUCCUGCACGGAGAUUUACGAAGUCCACCAGUUACCAAGGAGGAGAAUGGGUGACAGCGUACCAAGCUGAGCAGAGAAGGCACCUGAGAGCGGUCUUCCUGAGCCAGGAGCAGCAGGGCAGGCACGGUUCAGGCAGCUGGGGCUUGCUGUCUCCCCCACUCAACACCAGGGAGGCCAGUGGAGCCACCAGAAGGGUUCUGAACAGAGAGUUCCUCAUGAGACACUGCUUCGUGGAUGCACCCAGUGACCUGAGCCAUGCAGACAUCAGUGGUGUACAUCAGAAAUCUUACAGAGCAGAGGAUUUCGCUGCGUUUGACAGUCUGGUCCUCAUGAAUGCAUCAGACUCAGCACUGCCAAUGGGUAGACCUUCAGGGCUCCCACCUCUAUGUACAGCUUUAACACUGUGUAUUUUUAUGCAGAGGCAUUCAAGACAUUUCCUGUCCUGGAGCAGCUGGAGCUGUGUAUGUGUGGAGUAUCUGACAUCUCCAUCGAUCACACUGACUUUACCAGACUACAGUGUUUGGACCUGUCCUACAAUGCUGUGAGUGGUCAAGCCAUGCUGGCCCUGGGAACACUUCCUCGGCUCAGGGAGCUCCACCUCACGGGCAAUGACAUAGUGGCUCUGCCAGUGGAGAUGUCGAGACCGUUUAGGAUCAACAAGGAUACCUCGGAUACUAGUGGUUCCGUGGGGAUGAGGUUUGCUGCUCUGGAGACCCUGUGGCUGGACGAUAACAAACUCACUGACCAGACCACCUUCUCAACUCUUGCUGGCCUCAGGAGGCUGAAGUAUUUGAAUCUGGACAACAAUGAGCUGUACACAGUCCCUCAACUGCGGCUGAUUGGAACCAGUCAACUCAGACCUGAUGAUGACAGGGGCACCUCACUCAACACUGCUAGGAGUUCCCAAACUCCAACAAACGGUGGUCGAUCAGCAAUCUCUGGAGGUCAGGGGGCAUCAAAUAGAAAACCCUCUCGGUCUAGAGAGGCACCAGAACAGCAUAGAAAUGGGAGAAAUAGUGGGUCAGAGCUGAACCUGCCGGUAGAAGAGAAAAUGCCAGCUCCCGAGGAGAGAAUUGAGGGCGAAUGGUGUGCAGAUGGUGGAAGUAGUGAGAUGUGUGAAGAGGGAGAAGGCGGGGGGAGGAGAGAGACAGCAGGGCUGGCGGAGACAGAGAGACCGGUGUCAGUGAGCAGACUCCCUCCCACCAUGGCCCCCUUCCCCCAACUCCUCACUCUCAGCCUCGCCAACAACCUGUUUUUUUCGUCUGAGGGAUUGCUGGCCUGCGGUCUGUGGCCAGCUCUGAAGGAGUUAAUAAUUCACGGGAACCCCCUUAUCAGCAUGUGCAAAGGGAUGCCCCCUCGACUACAGAUAGAGUUGAUUCAGAAGAAAAAUCUGCACAUAGUUCGGCAUAAACCAAAAGCCAAGGCAUUCAGAAUUGGACAACAAGCAAAAGAAUUCAAAAAGAUACCCCCAGAGCCUGACAUUCAGACACAGCUCUCACUCCCUCCUCCUCCUCCUCCUAUCCACCACCUCCCUCUCCCACCUCCUCCUCCUCUUUUGACUGGUCACCAAUCUCCCCCUCCCACUUCACACGCCCUCACAAACACCAAAUCGAGAUCACCAGCAACAGAAGACAGCAAUGAAGACAGUGUCUUCAUUACACAGGGAAGAAGUGAGGAGGAGGAGGAGUUUCGGAAAUUUUUGAAAGGUGAGGCGAGUGGAAGAGAGAGCAGUAGAGGUUGGGAGAAGAGAAGCAAAGAGAGAGAGACAGACCACCAGGGAAAACAGAGACUGCAGAAGCAUGCUUCAGAUGAGCUCCCACAGCACUACCGAGGCUACGAGGCUCUACUUGUGAAGGACUCUGUUCCUGCACCUCCAAUACCUACUGAUCUGUAUGGCUGCAUACAUGGACUGCGGUAUGCCCUGAAGCACGGCUCCCCAUACAAGCCAGCAGCCCCAGCCACUCUCAGACAGCUCACACACAGGCAGACCAACAAACAGGAGCAGGAUAUGAUGUCGCAAGAGACGGCCACACAUCGCAAGGCUCGGGAGAUGUACGUGGCACUGGACGAGAUACGGACCAGCACCAAUACUCUCCAGGCUAACUUAGCUGAUAUACUUCAGAUGGACGUCAGUAAAGAUAAGGCCACACUCAAGCUUCAAAAAGAAGGGAAAUUUCUACUGAAGCAGCUCCAAGCAAAGUAUACUGAAGCACAGAGAGAAAAUAGACAUCACCAAAAGUGAACCAAAUUCCUUGUGUACUCACACAACAAAAUAUUUUUACAACCACCAGUCAAUGUCUUACUUUGUACAAAGUAAAGAAACAGUAUUCUGUAAAUGGAGAUUAGCAUUGAGUCUCCCACGUGCCAGCUAUUCCACGUCAGAUAACUCUUCCUCCUGAUUGGAGCUGUCUUCUGACUCGUCACCGUCCCCCCUGCUUCCUCCCUCCUCCCCCCUCUCCAUUUCUGACUCGUCACCGUCCCCCCUGCUUCCUCCCGCCUCCCCCCUCUCCAUUUCCUCCUCUUCCUCACUCUCCCCUCCCGAACUCCUCCCACCUCCUCCACCACCCCCCUUGUCAGAGUUCUUUUCCUCCUCCCUCUUGUCCCG